CGCUCGCCAGAAAAACCCUAGGGGUUUUACAGCACAGUAGAGAGCAGAACGCUCUCCCUCUCUCGCAUCGUUCAAACGAUAACUCAAAACUCGGAAAAAUCCUCUCUUUUACCUUUCAUUUUCUAAUGGCAUGAGCUUCUUAUCUUCCUAUCUUUCUUCUCUUUCCUUUUCUUCUCUAAUGGCUGUUUCUUCUACUUUCCGUUUCUCUUCUGCCAUUCUCCGCCCCCACCGCCAUCACCGCUACUCCCUCUUUCUUCCCCUCUCCUCCCGCCGCUUCCUCUCCCUCCCCCCCUCUCCUCCUCCGCUUCCCCUCUCUCGUUCCCGCAUCCUCUCCAAAGAUAAAGAUAAAGACUCAAAAACUAGCAUCGCCGUUGUCGACAAUGACUCGGGUCGGGUCCUGACCGUGGAGCUUCACGAGGAGAUGACUGUGUCCUACAUCACUUACUCUAUGUCCGUUUUGCUCGGACGUGCUUUGCCUGAUGUUAGAGACGGGUUAAAGCCUGUGCAUAGGAGGAUUUUAUUUGCAAUGCAUGAGUUGGGCCUUUCAUCCAGAAAACCUUUCAAAAAAUGUGCUAGAGUUGUUGGGGAGGUCUUAGGUAAAUUUCAUCCACAUGGAGAUAAUGCUGUUUAUGAGUCCUUGGUUCGAAUGGCACAGGAUUUCUCUUUAAGGUAUCCAUUAAUUCAAGGGCAUGGGAAUUUUGGUUCGAUUGAUGCAGAUCCUCCUGCUGCCAUGCGUUAUACUGAGUGCAGACUGGAUCCACUGGCUGAAGCGAUGUUGUUGACAGAUUUAGAGUUAGAUACUGUAAAUUUUGUUCCGAACUUUGAUGCAUCACAAAAAGAGCCAUCACUUUUGCCUGCUCGACUCCCAAAUCUGUUAUUGAAUGGUUCUUCUGGGAUUGCGGUUGGCAUGGCAACCAACAUUCCUCCUCAUAAUCUUGGAGAGUUGGUAGACGUGCUCUGUGCGUUAAUUCAUAAUCCCGAAGCCACAUUGCAAGAAUUGUUGGAAUACAUGCCUGGGCCUGAUUUUCCAACUGGAGGGCUUAUUAUGGGAAAUCUUGGGAUCCUAGAUGCAUAUCGAACUGGGAGAGGACGUAUUGUUGUAAGAGGAAAAACUGAGGUUGAAUUGCUUGACUCUAAGACAAAGAGAAUGGCAAUUAUUAUAAAAGAGAUUCCUUACCAAACCAACAAAUCCUCGCUGGUGGAGAAGAUAGCUGAUCUUGUUGAGACAAGGAGGUUAGAGGGCAUCAGUGAUAUUCGAGAUGAAAGUGAUCGUUCUGGAAUGCGUAUAGUCAUCGAGCUAAAACGAGGAGCUGACUCAUCAAUCGUUUUAAACAAUCUUUAUCGUCUGACUCCUCUACAGUCCAGUUUUAGUUGCAACACAGUGUGUAUACUUGAUGGACAACCUAAACAGAUGGGUCUGAAAGAUGUACUUCAGGCUUUCUUAGAUUUUAGAUGUUCUGUUAUUGAAAGACGUGCUAGGUUCAAGCUUUCACAAUUGCAAGAUAGAAGGCAUAUUGUUGAGGGCAUCAUGGUGGGGCUUGAUAAUUUGAAUGGAGUGAUUAGUAUAAUUACGGAAAGUUCAAGCACUGCAUCUAUAGCUGAUACUCUAAGGAAUGAAUUCAAACUAUCGGAGAAACAAGCUGAAGCUAUAUUGGACAUGAACCUCAGAAGACUUUCCAUGCUUGAGAAAAACAAGUUUGUCAAUGAGAGUAAAACUUUGACAGAAAAAAUUAUGAAGCUGCAGGAACUACUGUCAAGCAAGAAAAAUAUACUACAGUCAAUAGAACAAGAAGCAGUGGAGCUGAAGAACAGGUUUUGGAGUCCAAGGAAGUCAAUGAUAGAAGACUCUGAUAGUGGUCUACUUGAAGACAUAGAUGUGAUUCCAAACGAAGAGAUGUUACUAGCCAUUAGCGAAAAGGGUUAUGUUAAACGGAUGAAACCUAACACUUUCAAUCUUCAAAACCGUGGAACGAUCGGCAAAUCUGUCGGAAAACUAAGAUUCAAUGAUGCAAUGUCUGAUUUUAUUGUUUGUCAUGCACAUGAUCAUGUGCUUUACUUCAGUGAUAGGGGAAUAGUGUACUCGGCGCGUGCAUAUAAAAUUCCUGAAUGUACCAGGAAUGCUGCUGGGACUCCACUGGUUCAGAUCUUAUCUUUAUCUGAUGGUGAGAGAAUAACUUCCAUCAUUCCUGUGAGUGAGUUUGUCGAAGAUCAGUUUCUCGUUAUGCUUACAGUGAAUGGCUACAUCAAGAAAGUGUCUUUAAAUUCUUUCUCGGCCAUACGUUCAACCGGAAUCAUAGCGAUUCAAUUGGUUCCUGGUGAUGAGCUGAAAUGGGUCCGUUGUUGCACAAAUGAUGACCUUGUGGCCAUGGCUUCACAAAAUGGAAUGGUCAUUCUAAGUUCCUGUGGCAUUAUUCGAUCACUAAGCAGAAAUACUAGGGGUGCAGUGGCCAUGAGACUGAAAAAUGGGGACAAGAUGGCAAGCAUUGACAUAAUACCUGCAUCCAUGCAGAAAGACUUGGAGAGGGCGUCAGGAGAUUCUCGGAGCAAUGGUCCAUGGUUAUUGUUUGUUUCUGAAAGCGGUUAUGGAAAGCGGGUUCCCUUAAGCAGCUUCAGACAGUUGCCUUUGAACAGAGUUGGUUUAAUAGGUUAUAAGUUUUCUUCUGAGGAUCGAUUAGCAGCAGUCUUUGUAGUUGGUUUUUCAUUGGCAGAAGAUGGUGAAAGUGAUGAGCAAGUGGUUCUAGUGAGCCAAAGUGGUACUGUUAAUAGAAUUAAAGUUCGGGAUAUUUCAAUACAGUCUCGUUAUGCCAGGGGUGUUAUUCUGAUGCGGUUGGAGUAUGCCGGAAAGAUUCAAUCAGCUUCCUUGAUAUCUGCCACAGAACCUGAACCUGAACUUGAACUGCUUCCUGGUGCACAAUCACCCUUAGCAACAGAGCCUGGAAAUGUUUCAGUGGUGGCGUAGAGAUUUCAAGCAUACCUCAAAAUUGUAUUGUAUAUAUGUGUAUGCUAUGCGAUGAACCUGUUUAAAUUAUAUUUGAAUCAUGUGUAUUUUUUGUUACAAUGUUUCUGCAGUUUCACAGAUAUUACCAAGGCUUUGAAAUGAUAAGAUUUGAGCUAUUUGUGACGAGGUA